UCAGCACCUACCACUGAACCUUAAGCCCCCCUCCCAUCACACAUCCACACCCAGAGUUCCAGGCCUCCAUAGCCCAGGUCUUCACAGUGAUAGGGUUUCACUCUCUCUUGGGUGUACAGGAGAGUGGGCACCGGGACACCGUCUGGAAUACAUUCAACCCCUCUCAGAAACUUCCUAUUCUUCCUCUCUGAUUCCUGGCAAUUCUACUGAGGCAGCAGGCAUGCCUCUCUCAGCUCCCGCGCCUCCUAACAAGAGGAAGAAGGCCAACAAGAUCAUUAUUGAUUUCACCAACAUCACCCAAGAUGAUGAGCAGUCAGACCCUGAGGCAUCAGAGCUGGAUCUGGGCACCAAGAUCAAGGCUCCUAAAGACACCAUGCUGGAAGAGCUGUCCCUUAUGAGCAACAAGGGAUCCAAGAUGUUCAAGAUGAGGCAGCAGAGAGUGGAGCGCUUCAUUGUUACCAAUGAGAAUACUCAGAAUCUCCAGAACCUGGCUCCAUCCUUGGGGUGCGAGAUGAUGGCCUCCACUGCAGAGCCUGAAUCUGAGCAUGUGGAGGAGGAGGUGUUGCAUGAGGAGCAGGACAAAGAAAAGAGGAGGAAGCAGUAUGUUCGUACCUACGUGUCUCCAUGGGAACGGGCCAUGAAGGGAGAUGAGUCCCUGACAGCCACCAUGCAUGGCAGCAUGCCUGGACCACACGCUCCCAGUGACUUGCCCAAGUUCAAGAGCUUCAACAGAACGGCCUUGCCCUAUGGCGGCUCUGAGAAGGUGGGACAAAUGACCUUUGAGCAUUCUGAUAUCCUAUUAUCACCAGUGGAGGCUGAGCCCCUCCCAUCUCUGCAGCCGGACAUUAGGUCCCGCCCCUCGUUCAACCGCACUCCCAUUGGCUGGGUGUGUAACCUGGAGGACAACUCACAUAUUCGCAUGGAGCUGGACAACAUGCUGCCCUUUGAUGGAGAGACAGACGAUCUGUAGACACACACACAGAGACAGAUAUGUACUUAUACAUAUAAAUACACAAACAUUGGUGUACGCCCACACAAAAAACACACUGAUCUACACACACAGGAUUGAUAUGAAUGAAUUUGCAUAAAGAGACAACAAGCCCGGGCGACCAUGAAAGUGAUUCUGAUGAUGAAGGUAAAGAAGAAAUUGGUGAAAUCACAUGAUAACACGGACAGCUGAUCAUGUUGCCUAGAUACUGUAGACAUUAUAGACAUCUCUGAUGUUUCUAUUUCAUGCUGUAUUCAUCAAAUAAACCUUUCCCUACACUGAA